AUGGGUGAUCCUCAACCGGACAUCACCACUUCCUCCUUGGGAGGCCUGUCCUGCAUCCAGGAAGAGACGCUAGAACUGCAUUUCCCAGAACGUCCCCCACGCUCGGUUCCAGAAAAUGAGCUGAGAAUGUUUGUGAGCAAAAGGAGGCAUUCAGUCCAGGGAAAGGAAGGCAUGGGUCUAGGAGAAAGAAAGAGGACUACAACAGAGGAACGUGGAGAGGAGAAAUCACAGGAGCCCAGCAGCUGGACUGGAACAGGACCCUCCGGAUUGGAACAGGACGGUGGAGGGUGCCAGGAGCAAAUUCUCCCCAAAUACUGGUGGAGAGUUGUCCCGUGCAAGGCCGCUCUCUGCAGCAUCAUCUGUAGUGAAGGCAAGCAGCAGCAACUCAAAUGCCCACCAAUUGGUUCUGAUCUCAAUUUCUUUUCGUUGCUUGCAGGUGAACUGCUUCUGCUUUCCAGUGUGAUCUUCCUGCUCCGGGUGGUGUGUGGCUGCCCCACGAGGUGCCACUGUCACUCACCCUCACGGUCUGUAGACUGCAGCCGGCAGGGUCUGGCUGAAAUCCCUCCCGAUUUGCCUCCUCAGACCCUAACGCUGCACUUGCAAGAUAACCAGAUACACCAGCUCCCUGCUUUUGCAUUCAGGUCGGUGCCACACCUCAGGACCCUGAACUUGUACAACAAUUCCCUUUCAGAUCUGGCCCCUGGAGUCUUCCAUGGACUUCAGCACUUGCAGGUCUUAAACCUAACCCAGAACUCCCUGCAUUCUCUGGAAAGCAGACUUUUUCAUUCCCUCCCACAGCUGCGGGAGCUUGAUUUGUCAUCAAACAACAUAAGCCACCUUCCCAUAUCCCUGGGUAAGCCUUGGGAGAACCUGACGGUAUUUGCAAUUCAACAAAACCAGCUUCAGCAGCUUGAUCGAGAGCUCCUAGAAUCCAUGCCCAACGUGAGGCUUUUAUUUCUCAAGGACAACCUCUGGAAAUGCAAUUGCCACCUGCUCAGUCUUAAACUCUGGCUGGAGAAAUUUAUCUAUAAAGGGGGAAUAACAGACAGUGUCACCUGUGCAUCACCCGACACCUGGAAGGGGAAGGACCUCCUGAAGAUCCCUCAUGAGCUGUACCAGCCCUGCCCUUUCCCUUCUCUGGGUGUGGGGACAUGGGGGGUGCAGCAGCUGGGUUCUGCCCACCGGCCGGGCCCCGGGUCUCCUGAGAGCCCCAGCACGGGGCAGCGAGACCACUCGGAAUGUGAGCUCAAACCCAAGCCGAGGCCGGUUAACCUGCGUCACGCGGUGGCCACCGUCGUCAUCACCGGGGUUGUGUGUGGGAUCGUGUGUCUCAUGAUGCUGGCGGCCGCCAUCUACGGCUGUACCUAUGCGGCUGUCACAGCGCAGUACAAUGGGGGGCGCUUGGCUCAGACGGACGAGCCUGGGAAGAUGGAAGGGAAAGGGCAGCAUGACCUCGCACAAGCCUGAAAGCCUCCACCUCAAAGAGGAAGAAUCACGUUAGGCCAGAAGAAAGUGUGGAGUCGGGCUGAUGCGUUCACUGUGACUGUCUCAUUUUGCUUUUUUCAAAAGGAAAACAAAAAACAUCCCCAGGGAAAAAUUAUGUUGAGAUUUAAAAAAUACCAUGUUGAAACAGAGACAAUACUGGUGCUCUGCGUCUGAGAAGUUACUGCAGUUACUCUGUGUGGGGGAAGGCCAUACCCCACGAAAGGGAAGAUCUACCUCUCAGGUACUCUUCCCUGACUUACGUGGCUUUAAAGAGCAUCAGAAAUUCAAACACACGCACUAGUCAGCAUUCCCGGGAGCUUUAUGGUCCACUGGAAAACUACCCAAUUUUGAGUGCCUGGGAAGAAGCUGGCUAUCUUACCCGAGGGGCACUGAAUGCCUCUAUAAUUCAAAUUCAUGUGAGAUCAGUGAUACUUUUAGAUGUUCUGCAUGUUAUAUAUUUAAUGGGAGAGUCUGUUGGUUGGGAAUUGCAUAGCUUGCCACAAGAGUCAGAUUAUAUUUAAUUUUCUAAAUCAGAAAACCAUUUGGGGCUUUCGAGGCCACAGAGGAAGAGGAGGGUUCCAUGUCUGGAUAAUGGGACUCAGGCUCAGGGUCUGGGGAAGUUUUCUGAUGCAAGGGUAAAUAACAUAUAAACAAACACUAAGAGGAUGGGGAGCUGGAAUCCAGGGCACAUGUUACCAGAAGGCUGUAUCCACCAGGCAAUUGGAACCUUCCAUUUAUAACUCUUACAGCAGGAACAAAUUUAGGGUGGGCUGAGAGCAAGAUAAUGGCUUGUGUGUAUCUGUAUCUACAUACAUAGUGCACCGAGUGCACAGACUUGUACAACCACACCCACACAUAAACAUACUCGGAGCAAUCAGUUUACCCACUAAUGAAAUGCAGCCGUGGCAGGGUGGAAGCCAGCAGCUGUUGACCACCACCCAGAUUGUCUACUCAACACUCUGGGGUAGGAAGUAGGAAGGAAGUCUGGGGAGAGUGGAAAUCAUCAAGAGACUCAAGUUAGGUGGCAGCAGCCAUCCUGAAUAUUGUUUGGGCCGAGGUUUAAAAAAAUCAGGUGUGGCCUGCUUUACUCCAUGGACACAGUCCUGAAGAGUUGCAUGCAAAGUGAAUUUUUGUAAAUUAAAUCAUCAUUGUAAUGCAGUAGGGGAGCUCGUUAUUUAAAGGAACCUUUCAUGGAAUCUUUCUGUAAUGGCAAUAAUUGGCUCCAGAUUUAUGUAUUUUGUAAAUUUGCAUUUUCUCAUGUUAGGUUUUCUUAAAAUGUCAUCUACUUGCUCUCUCUCAUGAAUCCGUAUCUCACACUUAGAGUCACCUGUUAGUAUUAAAAUCAUUUUACAGAGAGGAGUUAAGGACAUGUCAAAAGCAGAGACUGGCAAAUAUAGGGUCAGCUGUCCCUCCAGAGGCCUUGACAGACAUCGCUAAUCAAUCCCAGCACUCCUCCCAGCUGAGCCUUGAUGCAACACAGAUGCCUUCUUAAGACAGCACUGUAGGCAACCAGAACUAAUCAAUUGGAAUUGGUUCAAAGGAUAAAACACAUUUGCCAUUCAGGGCACUGGCUCUACAUUCACUCCUUCAGGCCAUGUAAAACUCAGUUUGGAUCCUAAAUUAGUAGUCCAUUCCCUAACCUGGAAUGUGAAUGGGAGGUCCACACAGGCAGGAGUUAUUUUCUCCCUGUCUG